AUGCCUCAGUAUAACACCUUUGCCAUCCCGAAAGAGGGGAUAUCGCGAGAGGUGGUCGAGGCCGACUUGCCCUUCUACCUUGGCCGAGAUGCCAAGGUCAUGGAGAAUAAUAAAGGCGACCGAUAUGUCAUUCAGUCGUUUUCUGAGCCACCGAGACACAUGAUCACAUCUCUGCGAGAUGACACAGCACGGUGGCAUAGAAGCGACGACCAUCGAAAGCGACUGCGUUACUCAGAGAGUCGAAUCCAUCAGGACCGCAAGCGGGCUUGUCAUGGACAGGCUGAAUCUCAACCUCAACUGACAAGGCACAGCUCUCGUGACGCGACCUCGGGAAAUGCGGCUACAGGUGUAUCUCCAAUCCCUGUGCCUUCGAGACCCCCUUUGGCGCCACGAUAUAGCUCGAGCAAUGGCUCAGUCUAUGGUUCAAUGCAAGUGUCGCCCGGUUCGGCCUUCGAGAGCGCUUCUCGAUGCCAGUCAAGACGGGAGUCCGACGCCAUGUCGUCGCUGGAUGGUGGCAUGAUCAGUCGCACCAUGUCGGCCUCCAGCACGUCCAGCAGUUAUGGGACGAAUGGAACGUAUGGCUUCAAUAAGGAUCUGCCAGGUGGCCGGAACGGUGAAUGUAAGACUCGCCGCUACCCGAGGAGUUGA